UAAAUAAAUAAAAAAGGGGGGUGUGGAUUUGAAACGCAAAAAGGUUUCCUUCACUUCACGGUGAUUCACGGAUUCGGCAUUACAGGAGAAAGCGAGAAAGAGAGAGAUAACUCAUCUUCUUCUUCUUCCCAUCACACACACUAGAUCGAUCUGCUCUCUCACUCUUCUUCUGAUCCAAUCAUCAGCUAUGGUUUCCCCUACCAAACUCAAAGCCAUGGAUUUCUACAGGAAAAUACCGAGAGACUUGACAGAGGCAUCUCUAUCAGGUGCUGGCUUGUCCAUUGUUGCUGCUCUCAUUAUGAUGCUUUUGUUUGGAAUGGAGCUGAGUAGUUAUUUGUCUGUCAACACUACCACAACUGUCGUCGUUGACAAGAGCGCUGAUGGUGACUUCUUACGCAUUGAUUUCAACAUCAGUUUCCCUGCUCUUUCGUGUGAAUUUGCAUCCGUUGAUGUGAGUGACGUGUUGGGAACAAAUAGGUUGAAUAUAACUAAAACAAUUCGCAAGUUUCCAAUAGAUCAGCAUUUAAAGACCACUGGUGGAGAGUUCCACUCUGGUUUUGCGUCACAUCACAUCAACCACGGAGAAGAAAUUAAGGAAGAGAUUCCUGAUGGUGCCGUACCACUUGUCAGUGCUAGUUUUGAUUCUUUUACAAAACACUUUCCGAUAUUGAUUGUUAACUUUAAUGCACCAUGGUGCUACUGGAGUAACCGUCUGAAACCAUCUUGGGAGAAAGCCGCUUCUAUUAUAAUCCACAAAUAUGAUCCUGAAACUGAUGGGCGUGUUCUUCUCGGAAACGUUGAUUGCACAGUACAAGCUGAGCUAUGUAAGAGGAAUCAUAUACAAGGCUAUCCAUCUAUUCGGAUUUUCCGCCAAGGCAGUGAUCUUAAAGAGGACCAUGGACACCACGAACAUGAAUCUUACUAUGGAGAUCGGGAUACAGAUAGUAUAGUUAAGAUGGUGGAUGAAUUGGUCGCACCUAUCCACCCCGAGGCUCACACGCUACAUUUGAAUGGUGUAUCCAAUGAGACAUUAAAACAUCUUAAAAAGGCACCAGUUACCGGAGGUUGUAGAAUUGAAGGUUAUGUCCGUGUGAAGAAGGUUCCAGGAAACCUUGUGGUCUCAGCUCAUUCAGGAGCUCAUUCGUUCGACUCUUCUAAAAUGAACAUGUCACAUGUUGUUACCCAUCUUUCAUUUGGGAGGAUGAUAUCCCCAAGAUUAUUGACCGAUAUGAAGCGGUUGUUGCCAUAUCUUGGCCUAAGCCAUGACAAGCUGGAUGAAAAAGCAUUCAUAAAUCAACACGAGUUUGGUGCCAAUGUUACUAUCGAACACUACCUUCAAGUAGUCAAAACAGAGGUCACAACAACGAGAACCGGUCAUGAAGAUUCAUUGAUCGAGGAAUAUGAAUACACUGCUCACAGCAGCAUAGCUCAGACUUACUACUUACCCGUUGCAAAGUUCCACUAUGAGCUCUCUCCCAUGCAGAUUAUGAUAACUGAAAACCCAAAGUCCUUCUCACACUUCAUCACAAACCUAUGCGCCAUUAUUGGUGGUGUGUUCACGGUUGCGGGAAUACUAGAUUCGAUUUUCCACAAUACAAUAAGACUGGUGAAGAAGGUGGAGCUGGGGAAAAACUUUUGAUUGGAGAGACUGGAGGUUAGAGUUUACCAUUAAUAUCUAUAACACCAUAGAAGAACCUCAGACUGUUCAUUUGAAACAGCUGUUCCUACAGAGAAAAAAACUCAAAAAGAGAAAGAAAUUUUGUUUUGACGCUAUCUUUGUUUCUUGGAAAUAAUACACACAAGUGGAACUUUUAUUCA